AUGAGAAAGGCAGUACAGGGAAACAGGACUGUCACCAUCAGUUAUUUCCUCCUCCUGGGAUUUGGGGAAUUACACGGACUUCAGAUCAUCGUAUUCCUUGUACUCUUAGCUGUCUAUAUUUUGACUAUGAUGGCAAAUUUUCUCACUGUUCUUCUGAUAUUGACUGAUCUGCAUCUCCACACAGCCAUGUAUUUCUUCCUCGGUAAUUUGUCCUGUUUGGAAAUGAUAUACAGUUCUGCUAUCCUGCCCAAAAUGUUGGCCAGUCUCUUAACAGGGGACAAAUCCAUCUCUCUCAAAGGAUGCAUGACACAACUAUACUUCUUUGGCUUCUUAGCUAGUACAGAAUGUUAUCUCCUCUCUGUGAUGUCUUAUGAUCGCUUCCUAGCCAUAUGCAGGCCCUUGCAUUAUACAGCUUCAAUGAAUAGCAGGCUUUGCAUCCAGUUAGCAGCUGGCUCUUGGAUCAGUAGCAUGGCAUUAACUUCUAUAUAUUCAGUCUUGAUGUUGAGACUUUCGUUUUGUGGUCCUAAUGAAAUUGAUCAUUUCUUUUGUGAGUCACUGCCAUUAAUAAGACUCUCAUGCAGUGACACAACCCUUGUGAAGUAUGUCAGUGUAUUUAUGGCUUUUAUAUUAACUUUCCCCCCUUUUAUUUUGACCGUAAUAUCUUACAUAUAUAUCAGUAAUACCGUUUUGAGAAUUCCAUCCAGUACUGGGAGGCAAAAGGCCUUUUCCACCUGCUCUUCUCACUUGAUUGUCGUCUCUCUUUUUUAUGGGACACUAAUCAUCACAUAUUUGAUGCCAGAAAGCAAAGGCAAGAAAAACCCCAGUAAAAUAUUUUCAGUUUUAUAUACUGUCCUUCCACCCUUUUUUAACCCUCUGAUAUAUAGCCUAAGAAAUACAGAUGUCAAAAAAGCCCUGAAAAAGCUGUUACACAGACUUUGGAAAGAUUUAUUUUGA